AUAAUGAACACUUAGAAGACAAAAAUGAGGGAAUCUCAGGCUCUCUUCUUUCUUACGGAGAAUCACUUAGUCUCCCUGCUGGCCACAGGGCUUACUGUACCCCCAAACACCACCAAUUACUGGCAGGUACCCCAAACACCACCAAUUACUGGCAGGUACUGUACCCCCAAACACCACCAAUUACUGGCAGGUACCCCUAAACACCACCAAUUACUGGCAGGUACCCCCAAACACCACCAAUUACUGGCAGGUACCCCCAAACACCACCAAUUACUGGCAGGUACUGUACCCCCAAACAAAACAUCCCCAAUUACUGGCAGGUACUGUACCCCCAAACACCACCAAUUACUGGCAGGUACUGUACCCCCAAACACCACCAAUUACUGGCAGGUACUGUACCCCCAAACACCACCAAUUACUGGCAGGUACUGUACCCCCAAACACCCCCAAUUACUGGCAGGUACUGUACCCCCAAACACCACCAAUUACUGGCAGGUACUGUACCCCCAAACACCACCAAUUACUGGCAGGUACCCCCAAACACCACCAAUUACUGGCAGGUACCCCCAAACACCACCAAUUACUGGCAGGUACCCCCAAACACCACCAAUUACUGGCAGGUACUGUACCCCCAAACACCACCAAUUACUGGCAGGUACUGUACCCCCAAACACCACCAAUUACUGGCAGGUACCCCCAAACACCACCAAUUACUGGCAGGUACCCCCAAACACCACCAAUUACUGGCAGGUACCCCCAAACACCACCAAUUACUGGCAGGUACCCCCAAACACCACCAAUUACUGGCAGGUACCCCCAAACACCACCAAUUACUGGCAGGUACCCCUAAACACCACCAAUUACUGGCAGGUACCCCCAAACACAGCCAAUUACUGGCCGAAUGCACCACAGACAGACAGAUCUGACCUGGGGUUUCUCCCAGAGAUGGACCAGGGGCUUUUUAAAGGAUGGACACUCACAGGAGGAGAAUGUUUAACGUGUUUAGAAGAUAAACAUCAGUGUCCUGUCCUCACACAGUGACCUCACACAGUGUCCUCACACAGUGUCCUCACACAGUGACCUCACACAGUGACCUCACACAGUGACCUCACACAGUGUCCUCACACGGUGACCUCACACAGUGUCCUCACACAGUGACCUCACACAGUGACCUCACACAGUGUCCUCACACAGUGUCCUCACACAGUGACCUCACACAGUGUCCUCACACAGUGACCUCACACAGUGACCUCACACAGUGUCCUCACACGGUGACCUCACACAGUGACCUCACACAGUGUCCUCACACAGUGACCUCACACAGUGACCUCACACAGUGUCCUCACACGGUGACCUCACACAGUGACCUCACACAGUGACCUCACACAGUGACCUCACACGGUGACCUCACACAGUGACCUCACAUAGGGUGUCCAGACUCCUCUCUUCCCACACUGUCCUGUGACUGUUACAAACCUUUUGCCUUUUUCUCUCUACUGGUGUGUGUUCUUGUAAAAGCAGCUUUUUAACCUUGUUACAACGUGUGUGUGUGUGUGUGUGUGUGUGUGUGUGUGUGUGUGUGUGUGUGUGUGUGUGUGUGUGUGUGUGUGUGUGUGUGUGUGUGUGUGUGUGUGUGUGUGUGUGUGUGCGUGCGCGUGUGUGUGUGGAGCAAGAUGAUUCAGCUGAAGAGAACAAUCAAACCUAAAAAAUAUUUUAAAAAUCAAGAAAGGCCACGUUUCUUAGUUACUGAGGGAAGAAUGACCUUUGACCCCUGUGUGGUCCUGCUAGCAGCCAUGUGAUGGUGCCUGGCCGGCGGGAUCUCUGGUGUACCACUCAACUUUUUCCUUCCCCUAGUGUCCUACAACAAGGUUCUAUUUCAAUGUUUUAUAUAUAGAUAUAGCGAUGUGGUUGCCGUUAAGAGAUUGCAAGUUAGAGAAGAGUUACUGUUUCUACAUGUUUAACUCACGGUUAAAGGAUUAUAGUUUAUAAUGAAAUGACAUAGUAGUUAA